AUGCUCACCUCUCUCUUGCCUUUUCUUCUCUACUGCCUGACUUUGGAAGGCGCUCGUGCCAACCACUCCACGUGCUCCAGGGGCCCUUUGGCCAGGGCUCCGUGGUACGAUGACUAUCGGCUCUGGUGUGAGGCAGGACGCGUCGACACUGCGGCGGACCAGGCAGAGUAUCGAUGCAACGACCAGAAAGACGUGGUGAUUGCCGACUUUGGCAAACUGAGGCCAGGCGUUCUUGAGUGGGGCACGCCUUGUGGGCGCAACGGUUAUGGAUUCGAUUACAAAGGAGUUUGCUGGUCACGAUCGUGGGUCUUGUGCCUGGGUGAUACCUGUAACCUGGCCUGUUACUACUUGGAUCCUGAAGACGAUUGCGAGUGGCCAAAACAUUUCAACUUGUCGACUGCUCCGAAGAGCGUUGAGCUUUGGUACUAUCGCUGGCGUCGCAGCUGGGGACAGUGA